UCUUAAAGGGGGUAAAAAAAAGGACCCCGCCAUUUGACAAAAACCACAAUUUAUGAUGGUUCCUUCCUUUGCCACGCCUUUGACGCAGCUGACAUUUAAAACGAGGAGUUUCUCUCUCGCAGACAGAUCCCAAGGAGCCCAUCAGAAAACUCUUCCAUUGUUCCAGAGGCUGGAGAAAUGGAGGAGGCCUUUCUACCAAGUCCUGAAAGCCUACGAAAACGCCUCCGUGUUGCUCCCCGCCUUCUACAACACCCACAACACCGACGUCUCCUUCAGGGUCAGGUACGUCCUGGAUGACUUUGAAUCCAAGAAGGCCGUUUACUUUUUCCACCCGAGAUAUCUCACAAACGUUUCCCGCUACUGGCUGACUCAAGGGGUACGGGCCAAGCGCAUCACCACGGGGUUGAUUCUAGUGACGGCCGCCUUGGAGCUGUGCGAAGAGGUGCACCUCUUUGGAUUUUGGGGUUUCCCCAUGAACCCCUCAGGGAUAUUCGUAACUCACCAUUACUACGACAACGUCAAACCUCGGCCCGGGUUCCAUGCCAUGCCUUCAGAGAUGUUCAACUUCCUCCGCCUGCACAGCAGAGGGAUUUUAAGAGUCCACACGGACGCCUGCAACGACUCCUGAUCCAGUUCAACGGACAAUUGGGGCAUGUUGGCCACAUGACCACAGAAGUGUCUUCGGACAACGUUGGCUCCCUCGGCGAAGAUACGGAGAUGGGGAACACCCUCUAGAGUUGGGUAUGACCGGACAGGGAAACCUUUACCUUUUAAUCAGUGUGCCGGGCAGUCACAAGAUACAAAGGCAGAAGAUGACAAUUCUUUUGGUGCAGGUGUAUUUUUUUAGACCCACAAAAUCUGCAGUGAUGGGACAACAGGAUUAUAAUCAGAGGGGGCAUUCAGCCGGUUCAUGCAAACAGGUAGCGGCGACUUCAUGCGACCCAUACGUAAUGCCGUCCUAUUUAGCCAUGUUUUCGCGCGCGCAGCGAACUGGUGGCAAGAAUAUGUGAAACCCACCAUUGAUUAUAAUGUCAUGGAAAGUCGGAGAGGCAAAUAUUAGGAGCAGGAGGUGGCUGAUCCAGCAUACGGCAUCUUUAAUUUCUUUUUUGAAAUGGGAUGGGAAUUACAUGCUGAAUUUUCCAUGCGUUGCAGUUGGACUUUAGCAAUCUACAUCUCAGGGAACCUGAAGGUUCACACGCUCACCUUGCUUCAAGUGGGAAUAGCCAUUACAUGAAAAAGAAAGUGUUUUAUUUCAUUAUUGUUAAAAACCAUUUCACCUAAUUAAAUGUGUGGUUCAGUAGUGGGACAGUAUUUCUCUCCGUCUCAGACAGAGGAAGCCACAUUUCUCUACAAUUCUCUGAAGUUAAAAAUAGACAGAAAUCCCCCAUAUUGGAAUGUCUAUGAACUAUUUCAAACUUUGGAAAACUAUGCAGAAAUGUGGCUUCCUUUGUAAUGGCGUGGACAGAAUACUUGUCUGCUUUCGGAAGGAAAAUGGUCAAUAGUAGAAUAAUAAAAAUAAAAGAUAUAUAUAUGUAUAUUUUGUAGUUUUUAUGCAGUAAAGUUGAGCCAUGUUGCGGAGGUAGCAGUAGAUGUACCGUAGUACUUAGGUUUACACAGAUAUGUGCCAAAGUUCAUAAGCAUAUGUGUGACAAGACUCUGUAUGUGUUCUGUUAAAUAUUUUCAUGGAACCAACAUACAGGUAGUCCUCGACUUACGACCAGCAGAAUUUCCAUUGCUAGGCAAGGCAGUUCUGGAGUGGUGCGGUGGCCUAGAGGUGGAGCUCUCGCCUCACAAGCAGGAGGCUGUGAGUUCGAUCCUAGGUCGAGGCAGAUUUUUCUCUCUCUGGCCACACUGAGAAUGUAUCUGCUGAACGAAACUCCGCAUUGGCGACAGGAAGGGCAUCCGGCCAUUAAAACACUCCGCUAGCUCCAUUCAGUUGCCCAGACUCCACCCCGCAAGGGAUUAUGGGGUCGUUAAAAAGAAGCUGAUGAUGAGGCAAGGCAGUUCUUCAAUAAGUUGACUUUGUAAAUAUACAAAUAGAAUGAGACUAUUGCCUUACACACUGUAAGCCGCCCUGAGUCUUCGGAGAAGGGCGGGAUAUAAAUGUAAAAAAAAAAAAUUUUACGAACUUUUUUUGCCAUUGGUUGUUAAGCGAAUCACUUCAGUUGUUAAGUGAAUCGUAUGAUUGUUAAGCAAAUCCAGCUUCCCCGAUCAACUUUGCUUGUCAGAAACAGGCUGGGAAGGUCACAAAUGGCGAUCACAUGACUCCUGGACGAUGCAGCAAUCAUAAAUACUUACCAGUUGCCCUAAAUUUUGCUCACCUGAUCAUGGGCUAUUGCAAUAAGUGCAAGAACUAGUUGUAAGUCGCUUUUUAAGUGCUGCUGUAAUUUUGAACAGCCGCUAAAUGAAUGGGGAGGGGCUACCUGCCUGUACAACAGAAUGCAAUCCAUUUCUUGAAAACAAUCAGGAACCUUUCUAAAGCUGUCUGUAGCUGCUAUGCAGAGGUUACCUAUCAGAAGUAUUGAAGCCAGCUUACGGUAGAAUAGAAACGGGGAAAAAGAAAUCUUAAAAUAGAAUGCGCUAAUGCAUCUGCAGCAACCAUCUUUUGAAAAGACCCACUGAAACAACAUUCAUCCAUUGGCCCGUUCAAAAGCAGAUAAGGAAUCAGAAUCAAGCUGGAAGGGAGCUUAGAGGUCUUCUAGUCCAGCCCCCUACUCAACCCUAUACCAUUCCAGACAAGUGGUUGGCCAGUCUCUUCUUAAAAACCUCCAGUGAUGGAGCACCCAUGACUUCUGGAGGCAACUUCUGUUCCACUGGUUAAUUGUCCUCACUGUUAGGAAGUUUCUCCUUAAUUCUAUUCUAUUCUCCUUAAUUCCAGGUUGCUUGGUUAAUUUCCAUCCAUUUUCCCAAAGGUGCUUUUUCAAGAGGACUUUCCGGCUUUUCUUUGAAGAUGUUUCACUUCUCCUCCAAGAAGCUUCUUCAGCUCUGGCUGGAUGGUGGGGAAUGGAUGGUUUUAUACUCUUUGCAGACAGCUGGUCAUUUGCAUUCUUUUAGAGAGAGAUUGAAGCUACUUGGAAGGUUUAUCUGUGUCCUCAGGGUCACCUGAGUGAUGCAAAUAGGUGCGGAGCCUUCUUGGAACUGUUGAAAGGACUGUGUUAUAGACUGUUAGAUAGAAGAUAUAAUUUUUUUAUUGGCCAAGUGUGAUUGGACACACAAGGUAUUUGUCUUGGUGCAUACCCUCUCAGCGUACAUAAAAGAAAAGAUACGUUCAUCAAGAAUCAUAAGGUACAACACUUCAUGAUAGUCAUAGGGUACAAAUAAGCAGGAAACAAUAUCAAUAUAAAUCGUAAGGAUACAAGCAACAAGGUUACAGUCAUUCAGUCAUAAGUGGAAAGAGAUGGGUGGUGGGAACGAUGAGAAGGUUAAUAGUAGUGCAGACUUAGCGAAUAGUUUGACAGUGUUGAAGGAAUUAUUUGUUUAGCAGAGUGAUGGCGUUUGGGAAAAAACUGUUCUUGUGUCUAGUUGUUCUGGUGUGCAGUGCUCUAUAGCGUUGUUUUGAGGGUAGGAGUUGAAACAAUUUAUGUCCAGGAUGUGAGGGGUGCAGUAUACAGGUCCUCCAUGGAAGGCAGAUUGGUAGCCAUUGUUUUUUCUGCAGUUCUAAUGAUUCUCCGAAGUCUGUGUCUGUCUUGGAGAUACAUGAUGUCGUAUCCCUCCCCCUCUGUUGAGGGAGGGCUGUUCAAUUCUAACCUAGAUGGCCUCUUUGACCCCACUUUCAAACCAGCGAUCCUCUCUAUCCAAAAUGUGGAUUUUGCUGCCUUCAAAAAAGUGGCCUUUGUCAUUUAAAUGCAGAUGGACUGCUGAAUCUAGUCCUGAUGGGUUUGUUCUCCAUCCAUUAUUUCUUGUCCUGCCCUCUUGUGCUUUGGAAAAUAAAUUGAACCCCCAUCCUCUUUGUGGCAGCCCCUCAAAUACUGGAACACUGCUGUCAUGUUCCUCCCCCUCCCCCCAGUCCUUCUUUUAUCUAGACCCAUGAUGGCGAACCUAUGGCAUGCGUGUCAUGGGUGGCACGCGGAGCUAUAGCAGUGGGCACGCAAGCUCAGCUCCGCUAGCUGAUUUUUGGGCCUUCUGGGCCCACCGGAAGUAGGGAAACAGGCUGUUUCCUGCCUCCGGAGGGCUUCCGGGGGUGGGAAAGGAAGACCGUUUUUGCCCUCCCCAGGCUCCUAGAGAGGCUCUGGAGCCUGGGGAGAGCAAAAAACGGAUCUACCAGGCCCACCGUGCCAUAACAUGCCAAAAAUGGUGGGAGCGGGGGGGAGGGGGUGGCGCGUGCAUGCGCAGGGGGCAUAGAAUUAUGAAUGUGGGCACACGCGCGCACAAACCCCCCCCAGUCCCCCCACUUUUGGCACGCGAUGGCAAAAAGGUUAGCCACCAUUGAUCUAGACUAACCUCUUCCACUAGGAGUGGAACCAAUCUGAGUUGUUAAGGAAGCUCCUUCUGUAUCUGUGGUGCCAGCGUAGCUAAGAUAUUAGCUUGGGGUACUCACUUCAACCUUUGGCUGAUCGACCAUUGUGAACGUGUGCAGGUUCUCCCACCUGCGUCUGUUUCAUGAGCACAUCUAACUUUCUCUGAAGCACAAGCAGGUAACAAGUAUUGAAGAAUAAGUGAAUAAGAAUAAGAAUUCCAAGUUCAACACUUUAAAGUCACAGGACAUGAUAUUGACUUUAAAAAGACCAGAACUAUCGCCAAAACUGAACACUUUAACAACAGAAUAAUCAGAGAAGCCAUUGAGAUAGAAAAACGCCCACACAGCAUGAACAAACGAGAUGACACCUCCCGCCUACCAGCCAUUUGGAAACCCGCCCUUAUUGACAAACGAGUCCCUAACACGAGGAAUGACACCAGACCCACACUCACAAGGUCCACACAGGAUGUCACCACCGCACAUCCACCCAGAAAGCAGACCCAAACCCACACUGAUCAUGAAGCACGACCAAGGACCAGAAGCCAGACCGCAGCUGCAACAUUAGCCAUUUCAAACCCCUCCAAUCCAUUCAUGCAGCAGACUGACACUCACUAUGAAGAUGUAGCACGACCACAAAGCCAAACAACAGCUAUGCAGCUCACCAGCUCAAAUCCCCCUGCAGCACAGACUAGACUGAGCACAACCAAGCCCCCACCAACACAGGACACACACCCAUCCAAUCAGAGCACAGAAAAACCCCCAUCCAAUCAGAGCACAGCCAAGCUCCCACCCAAUCAGUUCAAACCCCCACUAGCAG